CAUGAUACUCGUAGUGCUCGUAGCAGCAGUUUCGGCGUUACGCAUUUUCUUCCGCGCGUGGUGAAUCGCAUUCAUAGGAACCAUGCUCGCCAACGCUAUUUCUCGACUUCCCUUGAAUGUCCUGCGCGUGACCGAAUCUCCAGUGGCCCAAUGCUUGGUGAGAAACGCUUUGAGGAGAACUCAUUCUCUCGCCCUUGUGAGUACCACCACUUAUGCAGGUGCGCCGGCGCUAAGUCGGAUCUUUCGAGAACCACGAGACGUCGGCGGUGGCCACUGCUUUCGCGAAAGCCGACGUUACGCCGGACACAGCCAUUGGCAAAACGUUCGUCACAUCAAGGCGGCCAAGGACGCGCACAGGAUGUCCAUGACGGACAAACACAUGCGCCUCAUCGAAGUUGCCGUGAAAGCCGGCGGCGGGAGCACUGAUCCGAAGCUAAACCGUGCGCUGGCGAACGCCAUCGAGGGUGCGAAGAAAACGCAGGUCGUAUCCAACACGAACAUCGAACAAGCCAUACGACGAGGAGCGGGACUCGACAAGCCCAAAAACUUGAAAAGCGCCAACUACGAAAUCAUAAUGGAGCACGGAGUCCUGCUCGUUCUAGACGUCGAGACGGGAAACAUAAGCAAGUUCGGCAACGACCUGAAGCAGAUCGCCAAGAAGCACCUGUGCAGGCUAACGCGAGGCGGUGUCAAGGAACAGUUCCAGCAGAAAGGUUUCGUCAGGGUCUCGGGUCGGGAAGACGGCGGUACCCUGGACCCAGACGCUGCUCUCGAGGUUGGCAUCGAGCACGGAGCCGAGGAAGUGACUGAGAUCGAGGGCGAGUCCAAGAUGUGCGAGUUCCUGUGCGAUCCGAAAGACUACUUUGCCCUGUCCAAAGCGCUGUCCUCCAACGGUUACGUGAUUGCCGAGUGCGGUCUCAAAUUCGUGCCCCACGUACCGAUCACUGUCCCUGAGGAACACUUGGAAGUGGUCGGUAAACUUUGCGACGAACUUGAGGAACACCCCGAUGUCGUUGCGGUUCACACGAACAUUGCGUAACAUUU